AGAGACACACAGGGAGAGAGAGAGAGAGAGAGAGAGAGAGAGAGGGAAGUGUGAUGGUGGUGUUUUCCUCCUGAAUGCAUCCGUAAGAUGUGAAGAUGGCGGAGCUGCAGAUGCUGUUGGAAGAGGAGAUUCCCGCCGGUCGAGGAGCUCUGCUGGACAGCUACGCCAACCUAGAGAGAGUCGCCGAAUAUUGCGAGAGCAACUACAUACAGUCUCCAGAUAAGCACAGAGCUCUUGAAGAAACCAAAAGCUACACCACUCAGUCUCUGGCCAGUGUUGCGUAUCUGAUCAAUACUCUUGCCAACAAUGUGCUCCAGAUGCUGGACAUACAGGCGUCCCAGCUGCGCCGCAUGGAGUCCUCCAUCAACCACAUCUCACAGACGGUGGACAUCCAUAAAGAGAAGGUGGCUAGACGAGAGAUCGGCAUCCUCACCACCAAUAAGAACACUUCUCGCACACACAAGAUCAUCGCACCAGCCAAUCCCGAGAGGCCUGUACGCUACAUCCGCAAGCCCAUUGACUACAGUCACCUUGAUGACGUUGGCCACGGUGUGAAGUGGUUACUAAGGUUUAAGGUCAACGCCCAGAAUAUGAAAGCGGGUACGACUCCACGCACAGCUGCUCCUACCCAGAAACCCCCCAGUCCCCCCGCCCCGGGCAAAGGCACCAUUGGGCGACACUCCCCUUACCGGACGCUCGAGCCAGUGCGUCCACCCGUCAUCCCUAACGACUAUGUGCCGAGUCCUACACGCAACAACGCGCCUCCCCUGCAGAGCCCGGCUAGAACUGCAUCUGUAAAUCAGAGGACCCGCACGUACAGCAGCGGCAGCAGUGGCAGCAGUCACCCCAGCAGUCGCAGCAGCAGCAGAGAAAACAGUGGGAGUGGAAGUGUGGGCGUGCCUAUCGCCGUGCCAACCCCUGCCCCGCCCACAGCCUUUCCUGGUUUAACACUUGGCCCUCCCAACCCCCCCAAACCUCCCCCGAGCGUUACAAUCCCCGCCCCUCCCGUCCCCCCGCCUCCUCCCACCCCCGAGCCCGUGCCCCCCGUCCCAGCCCCCACCGCUGCUCUGCCAGCAGAGGGCCCUCCUGAGAUACCACCCCCCCCACUACUGCCCCUCACCCUCCCCGUUACCACCAACACCAGCCUUGCUGCUGCAACAAGCACCCCCGCUCAAGGCAACGGUCCUCACUUUUAUAGUAUGACCCGGCCAAUGACGCGACACGGCACGCCCUCUGUGGGAGGUUCCCUGCCGUAUCGCCGGCCGUCAUCAGUUACUGGACAGCCUAACAACAACAACAACAUGCCUCAGAACACAAAUCCAAACAUGAUCGAAAACCAGCUGAAUGGAGGACCACACUACAACCAAAAUCAAGCCCCUACGGCCCCUCCGCCCCCUUCUAUUCUCCAGAUCACUCCUCAGCUCCCGCUCAUGGGUUUUGUGGCUCGGGUUCAGGAGACCAUUUCAGAUGCUCCUCCUCCCCCGCCCCCUGCAGGAGUGGUAGAGUUUGAGGAAGCAACACCGCCCCCACCUCCUCCAGAGAUUUAUGAGGAUGAGGAGGGUGAUGAUGAGGAAGAGUCAGCAGUGGUGGAGUACAGCGAUCCGUACGCUGAAGAGGACCCGCCGUGGGCUCCUCGCAGUUACCUUGAGAAAGUGGUGGCGAUUUACGACUACAUGUGCGAUAAAGAAGAUGAGCUGUCCUUCCAGGAGGGGGCGAUCAUUUACGUCAUCAAAAAGAACGACGACGGCUGGUUCGAGGGGGUGAUGAGCGGCACCACCGGGCUCUUCCCCGGGAACUACGUGGAGUCCAUCAUGCACUACGCCGACUGAGCCACCGGGUGGCGCCGCUGCUCCUUCUUCCUCAUUUUUCUGAGUGCGCACAUACAUACACACAGGAACAUUCUGUCAAUUUUGCAACACUACGUCAUGCACAGGCUUGUUGCGGACGAACAAACUGAUAACUAGCUCCAGAAACAAUAGAGGCAUUGUGUACGUUGGUAAAGAGGACAGUGGCCAAUUGUAGGGGUAAAACUGUUGAAAAAUGUAAGAUAAAUACAUCGAGAACAUUUAUUCAUCUCUAUUUGAAUCUUUUAGAAAUAUGUAUCGGAAACGUGUUGGUUUGCUUGACUUGUGUUGAUAUCGAUUGCUUUGCUUUUGCUCAUGUACACCUGUGUCUCUCUCUGUUCUGGAAGGGUCGUAGCUAGUGAAAGAACAGUUAUUCUUCCGUAAAGCCUCAUGAGAUUUCUCAGAUGAAGAGUGGUCAGAAGAUGGACACUGUGGACAUGCAUGUUCCUCAUUUCUUGAGUCACGUGACCAGCAAACAACAGAAUGGCUUUUGCCAAGAACGAGAGCAAAGAUUUACACGUAUUAUCAUACCAGGAAAUAAGAGAGUUUAGAUUCAGGUGGGUUUUUUCUUGUUUCCCUUUUUGUUGGAGGUUGGAUUUUCAUUUUAUAAACAUACAUUCGGAGUGCAGUUCUACUUUAGCAGAAGGAUAUACCAAAGUGUUGGUUUGAAUCGCUCACGGGACCGAAAACAACCUUAAAAUACUUCAUUUUUCUCCAUUCCGUUACCUUGAUUUCUUUCCGACAAAGAUUUUAUUGCUUGAUAUAUUUGCAAGUCUGUGUUUUCUUUAUAUGUAUGAUAAAAAGGAAAAAAAACACUAUUAAAUUGUUCAGGAAGUUUGUGCCAUAAAGAAAUGUUUAUAGACGGUCAUAUUUUUGGUCACGAGAGGUUGAAUCCUGUGUUCUCCAGGAAGAUUUUGUGUAUGUGUUCUUUAACCUCCGAUUCAUCCCUCUGACCAACUGUGGACUUAAAGAUACAAGAUUAUACUUAUAUGUAUGUUAUAUAUUGAUUUAUAUUAUAAAAAUACUAUUGUGUUGAUGUAUGACUGAUGUAGAGAAAAGAGACCCCCCAUUAUCUGCAAUAACAAAGGCACAGUUAGAAAGUCCUCAGUGAUGAGCUCGAGAUAUCUAUGAAGCACAAGAGAUUAACAUGAUCUUAGGGACCUUACAAAAUGUGAAGAACUGACUUUUGGAUGAAGUGAAAAACAGAAACCAGCCCAAUCUUUCAAAUCAUCCUCUGACCCACAUGUAAAUAAUGUGGAACAAACUGUAAUACUAAUGCACAGAGACUUUUUCUAUCAAGUACUUUGAUGUCUAUAUGUAAGUGUGUGUGCGAGUAUGUGAGGGUGAAACUGAGUUCGCUGUUUAUGGAUCUUUGGUGACUUGCUUGUCUGUGUGCAAAUCUUUAUUUUCAAUGAAAGGUCUGUGGUGGUGAGUAUGUGUGAAACGAGUCUUGCAUGUUGAUCAUUUCUGUGAUUUUCCUGCUGAUGGAGAAUAAACUGGAUAUCUGGUCUACUCGCUCAGACUGAUGAAGUUUUAUUUCCGGUCCCUGUGUAUCAAGCUUAUGAAACAUUUAUAGUUCUAUUAAUUCUAAAGAAACAAAAAUGCAAAAUAAUCCUGUACUACCCGAAAUAAGAGUUUCAAUCUUCAUCACUUCUGACUCUAUUGCAAAUGUUUUCUUUAUGAUGUCGCUGCACAUUGGCAAAUCUUAGGGUUCAAGUCCACUGACCCGCAUCACACUCCACCUUUCAAUUUAUGAAGUAAAAAAUCACAAAUCCAGGCAAGUUGAGUGGUCCAUUUUUAAUGUAUUAAUUGUCAAUUUUAACAUGAAAUCUUUCUCGGGUUAUGUUCAUAAUAGUAUAAAUCCAACUGAUGUUGGAAAUUUAGACAAUCUUUACAAACUCUCUUUUCAACCCUGACACAGCUACCUUAAUGACCCCAGAGUUACAUAUUUUAUAAGUCUAGAUUUGAUUUGAAUAUUUGAGAUUUUUUUUAGAUCUACAGUAACUAAAAAAAGUCACAUUACGCUAUCAUAAAUUCAAAGUCUUUAAUAGAGGACAUACUGGAGCAGUGUACUAACUUACAGCCGAGCAAAAAUGGUCAUUUAACUAAAGUGCAAAAAUCAAAUCUAUCCUUGUGUUCCCAUGUGUAAUUAAUGACCAUAUAACACAAAUUUCUAUUCAAAUAUAUCUUCCAGUACAAUAAUAAUCUGAGCUCUGAGUCAGAAGUUCACAGUUUUAAACGCAAGCUACACAUUUAGUGCACUUCUACAGUUGAUAGUUUCUCCUGUACGUGUCUUUCCCUCUCCCAUGUCAAAUCAUUAGUAGUAAUCAUGUAGAAUUUAUCAUAUAUAUAUAUAUAUAUAUCCGAGACUCCCUGUUAAACCGAAACCCAAAUGUGAAAAAAAUCAUUUCUAAGAGAGAAACUGGUCAAGACAUUAACCUACACACACAUAGUUUUACGCGUAAUAUUGCUCACGUCCUCUCUCUGAUAUAUUGAUCGCUGCUAUACAGAGAAAGAAAUCGGAGAUCUGCAUCCACACGCGGGACAGAAACAAAAAAAGGUUUAAAGGCAGAAGAGAAAAGGGAGUGGAAUUCAUCAAAAGGGGGUUAUAUUUUGCUACCCUGCCGUCUUCUCCACCUACGGCUCACAGAUCAGCGUCUCCGUCACAUACUUGUUCUCAAAAUGCAGGAUCUUGUGACAGUUAAGAGCCUCUCGCUUCUGGAUACC